UGACCCGCUCUGAAACAGGAAGAGGAUCUUCAUACACGGAAAUCUAAACAAUAGGACAAUUAGCUCAUUUGCGAAGUAAACGUUUUUUGUUUUUAGUUUAGUGGAACUCAAAGACACGCGGACAUGGAUGACACACUCUUCCAACUGAAGUUUACAGCAAAACAGCUUGAGAAACUUGCCAAAAAGGCAGAGAAGGAUUCAAACUCUGAGCAAGCCAAAGUUAAAAAGGCUCUUCAGCAGAAGAAUGUGGAAGUUGCCAGAGUGUAUGCAGAGAAUGCCAUCCGUAAGAAGAACGAGGGCCUUAAUUGGCUGCGUAUGGCAUCUCGUGUUGAUGCUGUGGCCUCCAAGGUCCAGACUGCAGUCACUAUGAAGGCGGUCACAAAGAAUAUGGCGCAGGUCACCAAGGCGCUGGACAAGGCACUGGGUUCCAUGGACCUGCAGAAGGUGUCUGCUGUCAUGGACAAGUUUGAGACACAGGUCCAGAACCUGGAUGUUCACACCUCUGUGAUGGAGGACUCGAUGAGCUCGGCCACCACACUGACCACGCCCCAAGACCAGGUGGAUGACCUCAUCGUCCAGAUAGCAGAGGAGAGUGGUCUGGAGGUGAUGGACCAGCUCAGCCAGCUGCCUGCAGGAGCCACCUCACUGGGAGAGAGCUCCUCACGCUCACAGCAAGAGAAGGAGGACCAGCUGUCCCGCAGGUUGGCUGCUUUGCGGAACUGAAGAUAUAUCUUGGCUAUUUGCAAGACAGAUGGAGGCUUGACAGCUGCUUGGAAACAGACAGCGCAGAGUUGUGUGAUUCUAUCGAACUGUUCUUAUUGUGAGGACCUAAUGAGCCUAUUGAUUUCCAUCCCCACAUCUAUUUAUAUACACACUCACACUGUGUUGCUGAAAAUACCACCUGAGAAGGCAUGGGUCUCUCUUUGUCUCUGUCUAUGUCUGUCUAUCUCUCUCUCUCUCUCUGUCCAUCUCUCUCUCUCUCUGUCCAUCUC